AUGGACUCCGUUUCCGUCCUCCGCAUCGUGCACUUCAUUUUAAUGGUUCUCGCCAUCGCCGGCCUGUGCUUGACGAGCUCGAUUUUCGACUUUAUCGUCUCCAACCGAAUGUAUUACACGCUGCCGGAAAAGCGCGUGCUGAUCGACGAGAGCCUGUGGUGGGUGUACUGUAUCACGGCCACGCAGCUGCUGAUCGUCUCCUUUUGUUCGCUAUUCUUCUCGCAGGCCUCGCAGCCCCUCAUCGACACCGCCAGGAAAUAUGAAUGCUUGCUCGGGUUUUUGCACGGCCUCUCCCUGCUUGGAACAUGUCUUGGCGGAGCUGUCUGCUGCUUCAAGUCCCUGCAAACGGCUUUUGAGAUCCACCCAUUUGCCUACAACGCGACGCCGGAACAGUUUGAAAAGGCAUCCCAUUGGUACUACGUCAGGAUGGUGGCUGCUACGUUCGUUUUCGGCAUCUCGGCCCUGGCGUGUCUCUGCGAGUUCCUGUUCCUCCACUGCGGGUUGAGGCUGAGACAGCGGAGUUUUGACAAGCUCAUCCCCUCCCCAAAUCAGCCGGCCCACCAGCCAGGAAUUAUUUAUUUCUCG